CAGGGUGCGGUGCGCGAGAUGAGGCCGUGUGGCAAUCGGUCUGUUCCCAAGGUCGAGACUCUUUGGGUCUCCGGAUCGCCACUCAUACGACGCAGCAACAUUGAGCUGAACGUACGCGAUGAAGACUCUAGUGUGUUUUUUAAGCGUUUGCGCAUUUGCGCAUGCUCAAUUCGGCAGUUUUAACAGCGGACGGAGUUCAAAUGCUUUCGGUAACUCGCGCUCCCAGACACAGUCAAGCGGUUUUGGAAACUUUGGGAACACACGCACUCAAACUCAGGCCAGCGCGUUUAGCAGUUUCGGAGGUCAAAGCCAGUCGACCUUUGGCCGCCAAUCUGGGUUCCAACAGACCACCGCAAGCCCUCGGAUCAGUCAAUAUCAGCAGCAACCAGCUAGGACUAGUGCUGGCUCCUGCAGAGAGUUGAAUGAACGUUAUCCUGUGUCUGGGAGCUGUGAUCGAUACAUUGAGUGCGUAAAUGGAACAGCUGAAGAAAAGAGCUGUCCAGACGGUUUGCUGUUCAACGCUAACGUGCUCUUCACAACGUAUCCCUGUCAAUACCCCAAUGAGGUUCAAUGCCUAGAACGUUCAGCUUUGCAGCCUGCUCAACCGACGGAAGACUGUCCCCAUCAGUUUGGAUACUUCAAGUUGGGUGAUGCGAGGAACUGCAGUGCUUUCAGGAACUGUGUGAAUGGUGUGGGCUACGACUUCGCGUGCCCCGAGGGUCUGGCCUUCAGCUCGGAGAGCUACCGCUGCGAAUGGCCUGACGAAGUCGCCGAUUGUGACGCAGAAGCUUUCCUUGGCUUCCGCUGCCCUGAGGUGCCAAUAUCUAAAGAACUUGGCCCACCCGCUGGCUACAGAUACUACAGGUCCGACACGAACUGCCAGAAAUAUUUCAUUUGCAUCGAAGGCCGUCCUCGCGCGCUGAGCUGCGGCGGCGAAUCCGCCUUCGACGACCUGACCUCCACCUGUGUCUCGGCCGACGAGGUGGCGGCUUGUCCCCAGGACCUCCGCACCGCCGCCGCCAGGGCUAGGGAAGAGGAAAAACAGCGACUCGCCAAAGAAGUCUCUUUCAACGCACGCCCGCUACAACAAAAAAGACGAUUCUAAUACACAAACGAAUAUACAGUCAAGGUACAAGAUAUUAAAUUUACGUAUGUUAAGGCCUUAAUUGGAACUACCGAUUAUUUUGUGUUGCAGUAAUUAAUCAUAUUUCUUAUGGAUAUCUUCUUUACACACACACAGACACAGUAACACUAAAGUCCUUAAUUAAUGUACCUGUUUCUUAAUUAAUCCAAAUAUCUACCCGACGAAUUUAGUGUAGGUACCUACCGAAAUAUAUAAUUACAACUUAAAGUCGUUUGUAGGUAGGUACAUAUUUUUGGCCAAUGAUAACAUAUCAAUAUCUUAGACCUUGAUUGUAAGUACAUAUAAUUUACUUUCAGCUAGUCCUUUUCAAUCAUUUGAGUUACCUAUGUCAGUUUGUGCAUAUAAAACAAUGUAUAUAAUUGUACAGUAAUUUUAAUAAACACAGUGAUAUACCCACAGCCUGAGCACGGUAUCCGAGGGAUGGCUAGGCCUUAAUAGCCUUCUGCCCUUUAGACAGGCAGAGUGACGCGGGCAGAGUAAAUUUUGUAAACUAUAUGAAACGUUCUUGCUCCGCAGCGUGCGUAGCUAAAGGACAUUCCAUACUUUACAAAAACAAAAUCUUCUCUGCCCUGCGCUCCGUGGAACUGGGUCUAAGCAUACGCUUAGCUUUACCCAGAUCGAAAAUCUUCAGAACUAAGAAGUGUACAGACUGUUGUGUGAUACUGAUAUUCACAAAAAUAUAAACAAGUAUAUUUUG